ACUCCAGCCACAUAGAGGGAUUAUGAAUCAUGUUACACAGUACGGAGUACGGAGUGCAGUGGAUGGUCUGAUAUCUACACAGUAGUACCUAUGCUGGCAUCCAUGGCUUAAGUAAGCCGGGUGCGGGGUCCGCUGACUGGUGCCCAUCACGUGCCAUCAUCCAUGCCAGAUGACAUAACGGAACAAACGACCAGGCAUCGAUCUCGCUCCUUCAUGCAAUGCGUCUCCUUUCCUCCACAACGACUGCGAGCCGCGUCUACUCCGAUGUCUGGUCCCUGCUUAGACUUUGCUGAGGUGCCGCUGUGAUCUUUGCUUCUUGUCACCAUGAGACCCCCCGUACCGGAGAUCGCGGUGCCCCCAUCCCGCAAGGCCUCCAUCGAACAGCAGUGGACCGAUCCCCGCAGUGCCGCCCCCGCGACCUUCUUUCUGUCCCGCAAUCACGGUCCCGACGCCGAUGACGAAUUUUCCCCCGACGAGUCCGACCCCCCCAGGGAGAGUCUAUAUGGAGUACAUAGUCUAGAAGAAAGUCUUAUUCAACCCAUUUUAGCUGCAUCCACGCCUCAGUCAGAUCAACCGGGUGGUAGCAAACCUACCGGAAUCGAACCGGUUCCUGCAGCAUAUCAGCCUCUCCCUCACGAUGAUGAGGAUGAUGACGGCGAACCUCCCGGCAUCACUCGCCGCAGGUCAACACUCAAACCGAUUGACGGUCUUUAUACCAGCAAAAGGGACCCCUCUAUUCACUCCGAUCUGACUUCUCCCCGGCCGUUAACGCCCUUGAAUCUCAGCAACCCCGACGACCCUUCAUCUCUCCCUAGCAGUCCCAGAUCGACUUCGAACCAGUCCAUGCGCCAUCUAGAUGAAAUAUCAAUUACAGACGAAUUGAGUAGUCAGGCGGUUGCUUCUGGAGAAGAGGAUGAUGAGCUUCGCUCGACUCAUAAUCCAGACCAUGAUAGCACAUCCCAGUUCAUCAUGCCAAGCAUCAAGAUGCCCAGUCGGAGGCCAUUCACAUCACGGGGGAAGGCACUAGGAAGAUUCAAGGUCCUUGUUGCAGGCACCUCUGGCUCGGGAAAAUCCUCUCUUAUUAGGUCGAUUGUUCAGUCUUGCGAGGACAUAGUACAUGUUGACGACUUCCCACCUACAUAUAAAUUGUCCCUUUCGCGGACAUCUCUCGCAACAGUACAGCUGUCUCAAUCUCAUCGACUACCGCUGACAGUUACGUCGGAGGUAUAUGCCAGUACCAAGCCGUACCCAGUUUGGUGGUCAGAUUUAGAAGAUUCACGGGUACUGCGCCGGAGGAAAAGUACGGGUGAUAUAGUCCUAGAGCGCAAUAUUUGCUUCGUUGAUACCCCAGCCAAUUCUCUGAGUCGCACUGGACAAAUUGAUGCAAUUGUACACUACAUGCAACAGCAGCUUUUCCGUGCAACAACGGCCCUUGAUUCCUGCACUCACGACUUCCAGAACAUGCUUGCGGGGCACGGUGGAACUCAAGUCGAUGCUGUACUUUAUCUUGUCUCUGAAGAUACCCUUCCAACAGAUAUGGAGUGCAUAAAACAACUCUGCCAAUGGACCAAUGUCAUCCCAUUGAUUUCCAAGGCCGACUUGUUAACUACUGAGCAGAUCUCUGCACUCAAGUCAUCCUUCUACAAGCAUGCGGAAGCCACUUCCAUCAGACCCUUCCUCUUUGGAAAUGCAUGUCUUGGAGCAGCUGACCUCGACGGGCAAUUACCUUUCGCGGUGUCAUCGGCAAAAGCCAACGAUGACGAUGUGAUGGAUGCUAGCACUUUAAUGAGCCCGGACUACGUUCAACCUCUGGUACCGUCCGAACUGACAUUGUUGAUCCAGAGGAUGUUUGAUGCUGAGAAUAUAGCCUGGAUGCGGCACUCGGCCGCGAAGAAACUUGCUCAACAACAGCGGAAUCACACCUAUCCACACCCGAGCCAUCAUGGUACCCUAUCAUUUGAUCACGGUACCCGCCGUGGUUCUCCUAGUUACACUAUGGCUCGGAUAGCGGAUCACACUCGACAAGAGGAGAAGUUAGCCCGCCUGCAAUUAGCGAAGUGGGCGUCUGAAUUACAGCAAAGCCUUCAGAAUGAACGAGCGAGGUACGCCGCCAUGGCAAGGGGCGAGCGUGCCGUCUGGCUCACAGAGCGGUUGGGCGAGUGUGUAGUAGACGGGUCGUUGAUACCAAUCACACAAACGCCGGGCUUCUGCGGGCUCCGUGCACCCACAGAGAAAACUGGCGGCGGUGGUCUCCUUGUUCGAACACAAAGCGGGCAGAACGUGGAAUAUCACAUUGCCAGGAUCCGCCCGCAAGAUCCUCUCGGACUCGUCUGGUGGUCAGAGGACCUGAAGCAACGGGGGUGGGCCAUUAUUCAGAUCGUGGGCAGUUUUGGCGUAGUCGGGGGGCUGGCUCUCUGGCUUGCCAAAGCAUGGGGGCUAUCCUCACGCAGUCUCUCGGAAUGGCACUUUGAUUGGUGCGGUUCUAAUGAUUAG